AUGAGCGCCUCUCCCUCUGGCCAGUCCAACGGUCCAACUCCGAAAGGCGACGCUCCCCUCUAUGUACGAAGAUCCAAGGCUGCAGACCCUCUGAGACCGCGCAAGAAGCCAGUUCGGCGCACUGGUGCUGCCCCGCAUGCCUCUACAUACAAGCCGAAUGGGCUUCCCGUGGCUGGCCGACCAACCCCUCAAUACCCUGUGAAUGGUAAAUUGCCUCCUCGAGGAGCAGGUCCUGGUCCGAAUCAAUCCUCCAACGUUCCAGGCGCAGGAAAUUCAAGUGCAAAAGGUGGCUGGACAACCUCUCCGGAGGGGCAGUUUAUGGACUACCCGCUCUUUACAACCAAGAGAGCUAUGCGGGAGGGAUUAAGAUAUCAUAUUGCUCGGUUCGCAUCGAAGAAGCCUGUUGAUCCCAGCGAUCAAAAUGAGUUUACGAGACCAGUUCUAUUGCAUAGACGAGAUCCCAGACAACCACCGCCUGGAAAGGGAGUCAAAGACGAGGAUCAGACUACGAUGGAAGCCCCGAUGGAUUCAAAGGAGCGAGAGAAGCAAGAAAUUGCAAAGGCAGAGAAGGAAAAGCAGAGAGCUUUGGAUCUGGCCCAGAUUGCGCCUACCGGAAAUAAUGCCGCUGCACUCGCUGCGAAAAAGACGCAGGCUUUUAGGCACGAGAAGACUACCCAGGUGUAUCGACUCGACAAAACCGAGGAGCAAAAAAAGCUGUCAGAUCUGAAGUACGAAGAAGCUUUGGCGUGGCAUUUGGAGGAUGCAGACAACAAGAAUACGUGGGUUGGCAAUUACGAAGCGGCGCUGUCUGAUACCAACGUCAUAUUCGUGAUCGAAGGGGCGAGUUUCAAGAUGAUUCCCAUCGAGAAGUGGUACAGAUUCACGCCGAAGGGUCAAUUCAAGACAUACACUAUUGAGGAGGCUGAGACGCAGAUGGCAAAGAAGCACAAGGAAUCAAGAUGGGUCAUGAAGACUAACGAGCAAAAUGAAUCCCAGCGGGCUGUGCAAGAAUCUCGAAAAGCGAUGGGUAGUUUAUUCACUGUCAAGGCCGAAAGCAACACCUUCAAGAGCGUCGGAAAGAGAGAGGUCCAAGAAAUGGACGACAUGGAUUUCGAAGAAGGGGAUCUCUUCCAAGAUGACGACGAACAAGUCACGUUCGAUCCCGAGAAUGACGAAGAUGCCAAGGAUGCCCAGGAAAGAGUAAAGAGAGAUCGUCAAGGCGCCAAUGUAUUUGAUCAAACCAACGAAGCUGAUGUUGACGAGGAAGAGGCAGAGGAUAAGAAGGCAAAGGAGGCGCGAAAAAAGCUCGGCAAAGAUGUGACAAAGGCACUCAGAAAACGAGAGCGAAACUUUGUUUACAACAGUGAUUCUGAUCAUCCAUACUCGGAUUCGAGCGAAGAUGACACGUCCGACGAGGAGAAGCAGAAGGAGAUCGACAAGAAGAAGGAUGAAGAGGCGAAGAACAAAGAGAAGGCCGAAGAGGCGAAGAAUAAAGAAAAGGCUAAGUUGGACUCAACCUCGAAGCCCCCCUCCGGAGCCUCGACGAAAGGAGCGAAUACUCCAUCCGGCCGUCCCAAGCACACUGAUCCUCUGGAGAAGGUUAAGAACUUGAAGCGAGCAGGUUCUCCUAACCUUUCAGAGUCGAGCGGCAAUGAGUCGACCAGAAAGAAGCUCAAGAAGAAGCACCAGACUUCAGCUUCUGGCUCCUCCACUCCAGUCCCAGGAUCUCGUCCAAUGUCUCCAGCACCCCAACAAGCAGGCCCCGGCCAGAUCUCACGAAAAGGCUCUCUCGUCAACAUCAAGGUUAACCAAGGCAAGCUCUCGGAUAUUGUUUCUGCGCCUCCAAAUCCAAGCCCCGUCCGAGGUAGUGCUGCUGGUGAUGGCGAGGCCACUGGAGGUGAGGGGUCUGAUGGAGGAAAGGCGCCACAGAAGAUCAAGAUUCACAUUGCAUCACGUGCGGGUUCCAGAGCAGGCAGCCCUGCGGCUGCAUCCGGUAAGAUUUUCCGAUUGUGCAAGAGGCGUAGUGGUGGCUACAUUGAGCACCCUGUUUUGAUCAGAUUUGCGGCAUCCUCCCACACUGAAAAUCAUCUACUAACAUAUGCCACAGGCGAAUCCCCUUCUUCUCGUGCUCAAUCGCCUUCUGCUCGUGCCCAAUCGCCUAGUGCUCGUGCUCAAUCGCCUGGUGCAGGUCCAGUAGGUCCAGUCCAAGCCCACGAGAUCCGCAAGGCUCUUCCGGCCAGAGGUAUUCCUAUGAAGGAUUUGCUCAAGGUCUUUGUGGGUCGUGUUACUGCUGAUAACAGAGCCGAUUUCAUCCGCUUGGUCAAGAGCAACUCAGCAUAUGGACAAGACAAACUGCUGCGGCCAAAGACAAAAUAA